AUGAAGUUUGGUGAAAUUUCUGCUGCUAUUGGUGCUAGAUGGAAAAAUAUGUCUAAAAGAGAAAAGAUGCCUUAUCAUAAAAAGCAUGAGGACGAAAAAGCGAUGUAUGAAAGUGCAAAGCUUGCAAUGUCAAAAAGUAACUUAUGUAUUGUUGAAGAAAAAAUCCCUAUUCAAAUUGAACAAAAAGCUAAUUCGAAGGCUCCUCCGCCUCAACUAUUGACUCCAAAAUCUCCCGCUGCGACUUUGAAGUCCCCAAAAUCUUCUUCCUCAAUUACGAAUAAAUCACAAUCGACUAAAAAUACACCUGAAGGUUUUUCAGGUGAUAUCAUUUCUCCUUCUCCAUCUAACGGAUCUAACAUGCCAUUAUUAUCCACUCCGUUAACUCCACGUGACCAACGUUCACUUCAGUCUUCGCCAACCGCUCCUACGUUACCAUCGAUGAUUAGAAAAUUUCCUAUAAACAAGCCCGAUAACAUAAAAAAAUCCGAUCUUCCAUAUCGACCGGGAUAUAUAAAUCGUCAACAAAAUGUCAGACAAUCUGGAGGUACCGUUAGUCCCGUUUCGGACGCUUCCAUUAUGAAUUCUCAAUCUUCUAGAAGCCCUCAGAAUAGUGGUAUCCGUAUCAGCCAAUCUUAUAAUAAAGGAAAAAAAGUUGAUAUCGAUUUUAAUAAAUUAUCAAAAAAAAAAAAGGCCGUUGCGACAUCACAAUCACAACAGGAAAUGACCUUGACUCGAGGUGACAAGAAAAGGGUAAAACUUGAUCGUGAUGAGCUUAAGGUAUCAUCUACACCAACACAACCGUUUAAUUCUUCAAAAUCAUCAAAACAAUCGAUCAUGAAUUCUAUGGAAUCAUCACGAGAUGAA